UGGCGCACUUCCGGUCUAGAAUGUAAACUUCCGGUGCUGCAGCAAUGCCUUCCGGCCAAUGGGAAACCCAUCCUUGCUGUACACUGACUGAAGGGUAAUGUCCAUCAUUGUGAGGAAUGUGCAACGAGUGGUCAGUGUCCGCAGGACUCCCAUACGGCUUAGCCUGGAGAUUGCCAGAAGUUGCCUUGGAGUGAAAUGCUUUGACAUGGCUGUGAUCUGUGCAAGCAAUGCCAAGAUGAGGAGAAUCAACAGAAUAUAUCGAGGGAAGGACACAGCCACAGAUGUACUUUCUUUCCCAUUUUAUGAGGAUCUGCAUGCUGGCUCUGUACCUGUUCCAUCCUUUAAGGAUGAAUAUAAUUUGGGUGACAUUUACCUUGGGGUUGAAUACAUAUACCAGCAGUGUCAAGAAAUGGAAGAUGAUUUCAUCAGUACCUGUACUGUUACUGCUGUGCACGGUUUCUGCCAUCUUCUAGGUUACAGACAUGACAGUGUGGAAGAAUGGAGGCAGAUGUUUGAUAAAGAAAGAGAGAUUCUGACGGAGAUAAAUAAAGUUACCGGAUACAGCUUGAAGCCUCUGACUACAAACCAUUUGUAACGAUAACUUGGACAUCUUAUCCAUAUGUCAAGAUACUUUGGUGUUACAUGGUUUCUAAACACAUGAGACUGUGAAAUACAUUGUAUAUUUCAAAGUUCAAAAUGUGUCUUUCUUUCAGGUUGUUGGUUUUUUUUUUCUACUUUUAAAGAAAACUAGGCUCUACUACCUUUGGAAAUGGAUGGCAGCAUCAAGUACUCUACAUACUUUAAGACCUUGCACUCAGAAUGUUAAUAUUUGUAAAUAUUUAUUUUUUAUAUUAAACUGA